AUGACUCUCACAAGCGAUCAGGUCAACAUCAUUGUUUAUCGCUAUCUACAAGAAUCUGGCUUCCGGCAUACUUCAUUUGCGUUUCAACAUGAGAGUCAAGUACAGAAUUCGGCAUAUCGCGACACCGAGAUUCAAGCUGGUGCGCUCAUCAACAUCAUCCAUAAAGGCCUUCAGUUCAUGGACAUUGAAGCACACAUGAACGAGGAUGGAGAAUUGAUGGAAUGCAAUAUACCGUUUUCCUUAUUGGAGCCUCAUCAUUGCGAUUUGACGGGCAAGACGCUAAGCGAUUCACAUACAUCAUCGUCACCUACGCCAGGAGCAAAGCGUCAACGUAAAGAGAAAUCACAAAAGGAAAAGGAAAAGCGUGUACGAAGGGAUACAUCCAAUGAUGAAAUCUCAUCAGCUGUUGCAGCAGCUGCAGCAUCAACCACAGCAACAUCAUCGGCAGUACCAUCGUCAUCAUCAUCCUCCGCACCAACUAACAACAACACAGCAGAUGCCGCUGCACCUGUCAAUGGCUACACAAUCAAAGAAGAGACCGAAACGGCAGAUGUCGAGAUGCGAGAUGUACAACCUGCAACAACUACAACUACAACAACAACCGAACAAGUGGCCAAACCUCAGACCAUGGUCGAUUCCAAAGAUGUGCACGUUUUGACAGGCCAUCAAAGUGAAGUGUUUUCAUGUUCGUGGAAUCCAGUGGAACCUCUAUUGUUGGCUUCAGGAUCCGGUGAUGCCACGGCACGAUUAUGGCGAAUUCCAGAAGAUAGCAGCAAAACAGCAGAACCACCUAUUGUGUUGAGUCAUCUUCCCAAUCUGAAUGAAAAUAAGGAUGUUACUACGUUGGACUGGAAUCCAUCGGGUACACUCUUAGCAACAGGUUCAUAUGAUGGCCAAGCACGUAUUUGGACGUUGAAGGGCGAGCUACGUUUCCUUAUGGCACAACAUCGCGGGCCGAUCUUUUCAUUAAAAUGGAACGGCAAGGGUGAUUUGAUCCUUAGUGGCAGUGCUGAUAAUACAACGGUUGUAUGGGAUCCAGAGACAGGCGAGAUGAAGCAGCAAUAUGAGCUACAUUCACUAGCUAUUCUUGAUGUGGAUUGGAUGGAUAAUACGACCUUUGCGUCAUGCUCUUCGGACAAGACCAUUUUCGUGUGCCGCGUUGGUGAAACAGAGCCAUUGAAAAAGUGGGCAGGUCAUGAGGAUGAAGUCAAUGCAGUGCGUUGGGAUCCAACUGGACAAUAUCUAGCAUCCUGCUCUGAUGAUAUGACAACCAAGAUUUGGUCUCUAAGCUCGGAUCAACCUGUUCAAGAAAUUCGUGGACACUCGUUGCAGAUUUACACCUUACAAUGGGCACCUUAUUCACGCAGCAGCACCUCCGCCACUGAAUCCUCUUCUUCUCCACGGAUACUCGCUACAGCAAGCUUUGAUGCUACCGUUAGAUUAUGGGAUGCGUUGAAUGGUACUUGCCUUCAUGUACUACAAAACCAUAGCGAAGCCGUAUAUUCUAUUUCAUUCAGCCCUGAUGCACGGUUAUUGGCAACGGGUAGUUUUGAUGAGCAACUCAAUGUGUGGAAUGCCAAGGAUGGUACUUUGCAAGAGACUUUCAAGGCCAAUGGUGGUAUCUUUGAAGUUCAUUUCAACAAGAAUGGUGAUAAGCUGGCUGCAUGUACAUCCAAUAAGCAGGUCGUUAUUUUGGAUAUGAAGCGAUAA